UCUAACGAUGUAUUGUCGACGUAUGCAGCCAUAUGCAAGUAAUGAGAAGGUGUUGGUGCAUUAUUUCCAAGAUAGUCUGACUGGGGCAGCUCAAAGGUGGUUCAAUACCCUUAAUCCUUCGUCGGUAUCUUCGUGGGAGGACUUAGCUGAAAUGUUUAUGAAACAAUAUAAGUAUAAUGAAGAGAAGAUCCCUACCAUUUACGAUCUGCAGAACACAACAAUGAAGAAUGGGGAAAGCUUCAGGGAGUUUGCUCAUCGUUGGAUGGAUUUGGCAGCUCAGGUAAUUCCGCCACUGUCAGAGAAGGACCUUUUGAAUGCUUUUAUUGACGCCCUCCAAGAGCCUUAUACGUCUAAUUUGGCGGGCGGUGGUCAUAAUAACCUAGCUGAUAUGAUACAAGCAGGAGAACGAGUUGAACGAUGUAUGAAGAGAGGUACCUUGCAUUAUCCCAUCCUUGACAAACCAGACCCAACCAAAGGAAGUAAAGGCAAAAAGAAUGAAGUGCAUUCUGUGAAUUUUGAUCCAAAUCCCGUUGUUUAUGGUGCGCCUACUUCAGAAUAUCGUCCUAGAAGCAAUGCCCCAAGGAUGUCAAGCCCAUGAGCUUACUAUAACCAUAAUCACACCCAAAAUCUUUAUCCACCCCGAUUCAACGUACCAUCACCCAAUCAAUACCCACAAAACCCAAACACUUACCGAAACUUUCAAAAUCCAUACCAAAACUUUCAAAACCCAAACACUUACCAAAACCCUCGGCCAAAUUUU